AUGGUCCGUGUUAAUAAGAAAGUGACGAGUGUGCUAUGGCUGUGCGUUAUUCUGUCUUUACGGACUCUUGGCUCAAAUGGGGAACUUGUUCAACCAGAGAACCCGUCCGCCGCCUUGACGCAGCGGCCCUUGCCGCCGAUCGAUGCAGUGGACGACGUGCCACAGGCGUUUCCCGAAGAGGAGAAGGAAAAUUUGCCAGUGUUUACCAUGGACUAUCCGCGUAUUCAAGUACCCUUUGAAAUAACACUAUGGGUUCUCCUUGCCUCCUUCUCAAAAAUUGGUUUUCACGUGUACCACAAAAUCACCAUCUGGAUCCCAGAAUCAUGUCUGCUCAUCAGCAUCGGUCUGAUAGUUGGCGCGAUCAUGCACUCGGUGCACGAGGAACCCCCGGCCGUCCUCGAGUCUAACGUUUUCUUCCUCUACAUGUUGCCACCCAUCGUACUCGAGUCGGGCUACUUCAUGCCCACGCGACCCUUCUUUGAAAAUGCGGGGACGGUACUGUGGUAUGCGGUGAUAGGCUCGUUGUGGAAUUCUAUAGGAAUUGGUUUAUCUUUGUACGGCAUCUGUCAGAUUGAGGCGUUUGGCGUACAGGACAUCAAUCUACAGGAGAACCUCCUCUUCGCAUCCAUCAUCUCGGCCGUUGACCCAGUGGCUGUUCUGAACGUGUUCGAAGACAUAAGCGUUAACGAACAGCUCUUCAUCGUCAUCUUCGGGGAGGGACUGUUCAACGAUGCCGUCACCGUGGUCCUGUACAACAUGUUUACCUUCGUGGCGGAUAUGCCAGUGGUGGAUUCUGUGGACGUGUUUUUGGGCGUGGCACGUUUUUUCGUGGUGGGGUUGGGUGGCAUCAUGUUUGGUUUCCUUUUCGGCCUGGCGGCGGCGUUCACCACUCGCUUCACGUCGAACGUGUGGCAGAUCGAACCUCUGUUUGUCCUGAUGUACAGUUACCUGGCCUACCUGGUCGCCGAGCUGUUUGGCAUCUCCAGCAUCAUGGCGAUUGUGAUGUGUGCUCUCACGAUGCGUUACUACGUGGAGGCGAAUGUUUGCCAGCGUUCCUGCACCACCAUUCGCCACGUCAUCAAGAUGCUGGCCUCCAUCUCCGAGACCCUUAUCUUCUUCUUCCUGGGCGUCGUCACCAUAACCAUGGAGCACGAGUGGAACUGGGGGUACAUUCUCUUUACCUUGGUGUUUGCUUUCAUCUGGAGAGGUCUUGGCAUCUUGGUGUUGAGCCAGAUCAUCAACCCUUUCCGCACCAUCCCCUUCAACUAUAAGGACCAGUUUGGCUUGGCCUACGGUGGCCUCCGAGGGGCAAUCUGCUUCGCCCUGGUCUUCCUGCUGCCUGAGAACAUCGGGAGACGCAAGCUCUUCCUCACCGACUCCAUCGUCGUCAUCCUCUUUACCGUCUUCAUCCAGGGAAUCAGCAUUCGACCAUUAGUCGAGUACCUUGUCAAUAUCAGGAGGACCCAUAAAAUGGAGACUAUCAACGUUGAGAUCCACUCAAGGGUUAUGGAGCACACCAUUGCUGGAAUAGAAGAUUUGUGUGGACAGUGGAGCCACCAUUACUGGAAGGACAAGUUUAAGAAGUUUAACGACAAGAUCAUCAGGAGGAUUUUGCUCAGAGACAACAGGGCGGAGUCCAGCAUUGUGGCUCUGUAUAAGAGACUGGAGCUGCAGAACGCCAUUGAACUGCUGGACGCUCCUUUAGGGGACAUCAGCGCUGCUCCGUCUGUCAUCUCUCUAUAUGAAGAGAAAGCAUCCCAGAAAGCCUCAAAGAAACCGAAGAGGAAAUUCCUCGCCGCCGAUAUUCAGAACAUGCACGACAUUCUGUCGAAGAACAUGUACAAAAUCCGCCAAAGGACUAUGGCUUACACCAACAAAAACACCCUAGGCAACAAUCUCCAGGCCAGGGAGAUCCUCAUACGCCGCCACAGCAGCGUCCGACGCAGCAUAAGACCCGGAAGUUUCCGUGAUCCGAGCAUGUCGAAAUCCCAGAAAUACUUUUCGCUGCCUGCUGGACAAAGCUUAGAACGCGCCUUCCCCGUUACGGCACUUCGUAACGGCGACCAUGAGACAGCUUCAGAGAUGGGUUACCCUUCCACUAGACCGAAGCUGGGCCCACCCCACCGCUACUCCUCCCGCGGCCCGAUGUCACGGAGACUGGACACCCUCAGGGAAGCCGCGGCCAGCGACUCCAGCAGUCGACCGUCUUCGGUGGACUUCCUGAACGAGCGGGGAGGGAGUCGGCCCCCGUCUCGCUCCGCGUCGCGUCAGGGUCCGGCCGUCCAGAAGGCUCCCGUUCCCACCCCCAGGCGUAGGUCGACGGGAGGCAGACACCACUCCCAAGACGAGGAGGGACCGGAGAAUGAAGAUGGUCUGGAACUUCAGCCUUUGGCUCCGCCCCCGGGGGGUCGAGAAGAACCUCAGGACCCAUUCUGGGGGGAAGUACGAAACCCUCUCCUCAGACGUCACCCGUCAGACCCAGACAACACCCGCAGGUUCUGA